GUGUGUGCGCGUCGCGUCGUUGUGUUGUGUUGGGCAGGGCAGUGUUGGGAGUUGGGAUGGGCGGCGGCUGUCGGUCAUGGUAUUUGUGUCUAUAGCAUAUUUCAAACUUUGUACACAAAGAUGACUUCACUUCCUAGAAAUCUGUUGUGCUUGAUUUUCCUGGGAGGAAUAGCAUCAAGCAUAUCCUUCACAAAUUACGUUGAACGAGAAAAUGUUAUAUCAUGGUGUACUACGAGCAAAGAAGAACAGAGGAAGUGCCAACACCUUUCUAUGGUUGUUGAAAGAGACUACAGAGAUUUUCGAGACGACUUCCUGCAAGUGCAAUGCAAGCAGGCAUUUAACAAAGAUGAUUGCAUGACUUUAUUGGAUGAAGAAAAGGCACACAUCACAUUGGUAGAUGCAGGUGAAGUUUUUGUUGGUGGACGAUAUCACAGUUUGGUGCCCAUAAUGCAGGAACGACUCAUAGGAGGGCAAAAGUUCUAUUAUGCUGUUGCUGUUGUAAAACGAGGCACACUUCUUGAUGUCAGCCACAUAUCUCAUCUGAGAGGAAAAAGUGCUUGCUUUGCUGGAGUAGGCACACAGGCUGGCUGGGUUUUACCUGUUUACAAUAUGAUGCAGUUUGGAGGCAUGCAAGUCAUUGACUGUAAUAACCAUGUGAAAUCAACUAUCAACUUCUUUGGACCUAGCUGUGCUGUUAAUUCUCUCAUUGACAAGUACAACCCUAUUGGAGACAACUCUGACCGACUUUGUGAGCUUUGUACUGGCAAGGUACCUGGCGGUAAAUGCACAAAUGCAGAUCCUUAUGCUGGAUUUGAAGGGGCAUUCAGAUGCUUAGUGGAAAAGGGUGAUAUUGCUUUCCUAAAGCACACAACUGUAGCAGAAAUGACAUCAACGUCAUUUGACUUUAGUGGUGUGAAGAAGGACAAUUUUGAACUGUUGUGCAUGGAUGGAACUAGGAGAGCAAUUGAUGACUAUCGUUCUUGCAACUGGGGUCCUGUUCAGUCACAUGCUAUUGUAACAACAAGUGCAAAGACUGUAGAGACCAGAAGAACUUAUCAAAACUUUCUCAUGAGAGUUGUGCAGCUGUAUGGAAGAAGAAACUCAACAGGACCAUUUAAUCCACAAGAUCCAUUCAGCAACCCAGCCAACCGUGAUCAGUUCAACAAUGACCCAUUCUAUAAUAACAACUUUAAUCAGUCCGGAGGACCACCACCUCUUCCUGAUCCUUACCGCCCAUACAACCAACCUCCUCCUGGCAACUAUGACCCUCGCCGCCCUAUUAAGCGUCAGGCUAGGGACACAGACAAACCAAAAGAAAAAAGGCAGAUCCCUGCCCUGCCUCCUCGCCAGACUAGCUAUGAUCCACAAGACCAAUUUUAUACUGGCCCUAGUAAUGAUGAAUACCGUCCACCUGCCCGGCAUGAAGAAUUUGAUCUUUUCCAUUCGGCUCCUCGUUAUGGUCUUCAUCGGAACCUCCUCCUUAAUGACAAUGUUGAAGACCUUAUAGCUCUUGACGAAACCUUCCAGAAUUAUGAAUCUUACCUUGGUCCUGCCUUGAAGCAAAUUCUGGGUGUCCGCCAAUGUCCUGUGAACCGUAUGACUUUGUGUGUGACUUCUAAGCCUGAAAUGGACAAAUGUGUUAAAAUGAGAACUGCUCUUAAGGCCCAGCUUUUGAAACCUGAAAUGGUAUGCACCAAAGGCCACAGUCACAUUGAUUGCAUGGAACAGAUCCGAGCUGGCAAGGCUGAUGUUGCUGUUCUGGAUGCCAGUGAUGUGUAUACUGGUGGGGUUCGGUAUGACCUUGUCCCAUUCAUUUCUGAGGUCUACAACUUAGGACAGCCAGAGUACUAUGUUGUUGCUGUUGCUAAAGAGCAAGACCCUACUACUGAGUUGACCUUUUUGAAAGGCAAAUACACAUGUCACACUGGUAUGAGCACAGCUGCUGGUUGGGUUAUUCCAAUGGCCUACCUCAUGUCCAAUGGAUGGAUCAGAAGCUAUGGUUGUGACUCUGUACGAACUGCAGCGGAGUAUUUUGGGAAGAGUUGUAUUCCUGGAGCCUUAUCAAGCGAAUAUAACACUGGGGUGCCAUAUGAUAAUAUGUGUGAUCUCUGUCAUGGAACGAGUUCCAGUUACUGCAGGCGAGAUGCUUCUGAAGACUUCUAUGGCUUUACAGGUGCUCUUAGGUGUUUAGUUGAGGGAGGUGGAGAUGUUGCUUUUGUGAAACAUACAACAAUUGCAGAAGUUAGUGAUGGGAAAAGAGAUGAGUGGUGGGCACGUAAUGCUUUAAGUGGCGAUUUUGAACUCUUGUGUCCCGAUGGCCGUCGCAUGAACCCUCAAGAUUACAAGAACUGUAACCUAGGGAAAGCUAAAGCUAAUGCCAUUGUAACUCGUGGUGGUGAGGGUUACAAUGAAACAGAAAUAAGUGCGUACAUCAACUUAUUUAUCUAUGCCCAACAGUUUUAUGGUCGAAGAGAUACAGAUGAAUUCAGCUUUAGCUUGUUCUACUCUCAACCACCAUACUCCGACCUCAUCUUCCAAGAUGCCACCCAGCAACUUUAUGUUCUAAAUUAUACUCAGCAACAUUAUGCUAAGUACCUUGGCAAGGAUUUCUUACGAGCACGUCGUAUUGUUGAUUGCCAUGCGGGAGCAUCAAGUUUGACCACAGGCGCAUUUGCUAUUGUUAUCAGUACAACAAUCGCUUUAUUAAUUAGUCACUCAUAACAGGUCCUUUCAUACACAUAAAGAAAUGAAUCUCAAAUAAAUUGUAGUCUUAGAGUUAAAUGAAUCAGGAAUGAUUUAUGUUGCAGAGGGGCACAUUCUGUCCUCUGAAAUAGAACAGUCCAAAUUCCAUUCUCUGAAUCUAGUGCCUUACUUAAUGACUUAUUACCUGAAUUGUUCUCUUUUUUGUUUAUAAUUUUUAAAUCAGAACUGAAUUUAUUUGUAAAAUAGGUUCUUUUUACCGAACUACUAUUGUAGUUUUAGUUUUAUAAUGAAAACGCACUUAAUCCGUCCAUUGUGUGUUCGCCGUCCAUACUUAGUGUUUUAAAGGAAUGUGGGAUUUAUGAAUCCGCAUGAACUUGUUUUUAUAUUAAUUUUUCAAUAAUUGUAGUGUCAUAGGAAUAUACAUUCAUUCCGUCCUCCCUAGUUUUAUAACCGACAUCAUCUUGCAUUCCAUAUUUUGUACUGUCUUUCAAUUUGAUCUGUUUCAUUUAUUUACAUUUAUUAUUGUAAAAAUUGUCCUUGUGACGUACUAGAUUUUUAUUCCACAUAUUUUUUACAAAUACAACAUUGUGACUUCAUCUGUUGCAGAUA